UUGAACUAUAAAUCAAAAAGUGGAGUUUUUCAAGAGAAAUGUCCCUCGCCAUGAUGAACGCAUUCAUCAAUGUUUAAGAACCUCUUUCUUCUAAACCAAGCAAUAUCUAUUUAUGGAAAAGAGGAGAGAGAAUGCUGGAUGGACUCCAGUGCCACAGUUCGGAGGGUGGGACCAAAAAGGAAUAGACGCAACAGACUACUCGGUUGUGUUUAAAAAGGCUCGCGCAAACAGGAAGCUGAACAAAGCUGAUGUCACACACUCUUUGGGAAGUGAACAAGAACUCAUGGCAAGUGCUCGUCGUCACCACCACCAGCAACAUCUUCACCAUCGCCGUGAAACCCAAGAUGAUGACCCAGUCAUGAAGAAGAAGAGGAUCUUGACCUACAUCAAUUGCUGUAUCAGGCCAAACUAGAGCCUUUGUUCCACAAAAUUGCAAUCUCAGUGAUGUUAAAAUACGUCUCAAAGACAUCAGUGUUCUGUAAUCUAUAUGUGUCAUUGGUUAAGACACUCCUUGUUUAUGUAUACAUUUUGAGUUCUGCAUUCACUUCUGAUAUGAGAGUAAGAUAACAUGAAUCAUAUAUUUGUCAAA